ACCAAAACAAUGUAAAAUCCACAAAACCAAUGAACACUAAUAAAACAGACAGUUUGAAUGGUGUUGUUAAAUCAACAACAAAAAAACAUGAAAAGGGCAAAGAUCAUGCAAUAUCACAUAAAUGCCGGUGUGCGGCUUCAUCGAAAUCAUCAUCAUCGUCGACACGAACUGCAUCGACUUCGAACACCGCUACUGCCACUACAACUGCCACGACUGCCACCACCAUCACCAACACCACAAAUCUAUUGCGUAACUUAAAAGAUGUGCCGGUUCGUGAAUAUGAGAAAUUAUCACCGAUUCCGUUGGCAUCAGUGCACAAGACCAAAUCAUCCGAUACAAAUUCGCUGAAUGAAAAAGUUUGCAGUCCAAAAGCGACAAAUCAUAAUGGUAAUUCAAGUAGCGAAACAUCGUUGAAACAAAAAUCAGAAUCAUUCAAAACAAUCAUGUCAAUGAAGACAUUGACGACCAAUGAUUCAAAAGAUUCAUCAUCGUCUACGUCAAAACCGGAUGAUGUGCUGAUUUUGCGAAUUGGCGGUUUGGAAAAGAGUGCACGUCGUUUAUCAUCGCUCAGUAUAAAUCGUGACAAUGGUGAAAAAUCAAAAGCCAAAAUAAAAGUGCGUACGAAAACUGAUCCGCAUCCAAUAUCAUCGUCACAAAAAUUACGUGAUUUCACAUCGUCGGACACAUUAACAACAGUCUUCACCAGUACGCACAGCUCAAGCAAAUGCAAUUGCAGCAGUUGUAAAUCAAUGUCUUCAAGCGUAUCACAUUCAGACAAUCAUAAUAAAACAAAAUCAGUUGGUACACAACAUGAUGCAAACAAUGCAUACGAUCCGUGGAUUCGACAAAACGACACCAAAUCCACUGUGUUAAAAUCAACUAGCUCAAAAUCAUCAACAACAUCAUCAUCAUCAUCAUCACAUCUCACACAAAAAUUGGCCAACACAAAUGCCAAAGUAAUUGUCAUUACCGAUGAUUUUAAGAAAAAAGCACUUAAUCAAGAGAUAUUUGUUGAUACAAAGCGAAAAAUGUUGCGCUAUAUGAAAGCAAACAAAAUGACCAAUUCAUCACGUUCAAUGGACGAUGACACCGAAACCGAUGAACCAACUAAAAUCGAUAAACAAAAAGCAAUAUCUAAAUCAGUGGACAAUGUAUCGCAACUAUCGACCGAAUUGGAUCAACUGGACAAUGUUGGAUCGGUUGAGCUGAUCUUCAUUUCCGAUGAAUAUCUUAACAAAGUCGUCAAACCAGAUGUUAUCAUUUUGAAAAACAAUUCCAAACAGAUGAAUGAAUAUACGAAUCGUAAGUCAAAGCAAUCGAGCUUAGGUGGUAAGACAUCAAAUAAUUCGCAUGUUGCCGAAAAUGGUCAAUCGACAAAAAAAUCAAAUGUGGAUGAUGUGCCACGACGUAAAUCAUCCUUGCCCAUAACGAAAAAUGUCAAUGCCACCGUAGGCGCGCAAAAUAAAUGCAACGACAAUGGAAAUAAUGGCAUUGUAAGUGAUAACGAAGCGGUAAAUGGCAAUACAUCAAAUUGUAAGCAUGCCAAAUUGAAUCGUCAAAGUAGUGGUGAGACUUCGAUCGAUGACGUCAAUAAUAAAUUAACAUCACAUGCAUUUCAAUCGUACGAUGAACAAGAGCAUCUUGAAAGCAAAGAAAUUCAAUCGCCCACAACCGAAGAUAUACCAACUGCUUAAUUUUGAUGGUGAUGUCGAAAUGCAUUUCAAAUCAUGAAAUAUCAACACUUUUAUCAAUAGUCAUUAUCCGAACAAAAAUACACACAAUAUUUUUUACAUUAUUUUUUUUCGUUAGGUAAAAUUCAUUUGUAAACUGUCUGUUUUAUGUGUGGAUUUGUUGACAACUACAAGAAAAAUGCAUCCGCAUAAUAAUGUUAUGUAUUUUAUUAUUGUUUUGUGAUUUUUGUUCAACAGCGUCCAUGUUGUUCGAUUUAAGUUUUUUUUGUUCUUUUUUCUCUCUUUUUUUCCUUUGAUCGUUAUGAAAAUAAGUUUUUGUCCCAUGUAUUUCAUUUUUCCGUAAAUAUCAUCAUAAUUAUUAUCAUCGUUAUCGUCGUAGAUUCUGAUAAAAUUAAAAGAAACGAGAUAGAUAGAAAGAGAGAGAGUAUUUGCAUUUUGUUCCAUAUAAAAAUGAUGAAUAUAGAAGAAGAAGAAAAAAAUUGGGAAAAAAAACCAUAAAACUACAGUCCUAAGGAUAUUAUUAUUGAAGACGUAUUGAAUUAUAAAUAGGGUAUGAGUGAUAAAAUAUAUGAAUGGAAUCAAAUGAACAGAAUUAAAAAAAAAUCAAAUAAAAUUAUGAAAGUAUAUAGGGAAUGAAAAUCCAAAAGACUUUGUUAAUACUGUUAAUAUUUUAUUGGCACUAGUUGAAUAAAAGAAAAUGAUGAAAGAAAAUAAAUAACAAAACAACUACAAAAUGAUAAAUGAAAUAUACUUAUCGAAAUUUUAUACUUUGUAACA